GAACAGUUGGUGGAUGGCUCACCAACAGAUGCAGAGGAGAAGACGUCGCCGGGUCGCGCAGAGAAACAUGGCGCCACUUGCAAGGGUCGACGAGAGGCUGCUGGUGUCAUCGCUCUCCUGGGCGUCGGGGCCAGUCUGUUCGCCUUGACCACAGCAGUCCAUCAACUGCGGCCAUCCAACGGGUUGCCCCAGUUUUUCCCCAAGGACAGCAACCUGGGCGGUCUACAGGAGCUCCAACUGCGAUUUGGCAACGAGACCAGCGUGAACAUGCAGGAGAUGGCCAUGUGCAAUGGACAAGUGCAGACCUCCUGCAGGCCGAGAGAUCUCCCAAGCCUUCCGCUGCCGAGGCCAUCAGUGAAAGCUUCCCGACCUGCCAGACCUUCCCGACCUGGCAGACCCUCGGGCAGGCCACAGCCGCCACCUCCACAGCAACCCAGGCCAGUGACUUCAGCGCCGACGCAAGGGCCGCCGCGGCGGCCGCUCGAGCUGGGUGAGGACUACAACGUUCGCUUGCGGGUGCAGGGCCCUGCAGAUCCGCAGGAGCUUGAAGUCCUGCGAGAGAAGAUCCUGACGGCCUUGAAGUUGAAGCCAGAAGAUUUGGAGUUCGAGGUUCAGGCGGUGCCGGAUGGAUCGGGCCGCCGCUUGGAGGAGCUCGAGGUGACCCUCCACUUCCAGCACUUGUCGACGCAGCAGGAGCACCAGAUCCAAGACUUUCUCAAGCAGAAUCAGGAGCUCUUGCAAGCCUUCGGCGCCAAAGACGUGAUCACAACGGUCCCGCCCUCCCGCGCGACGGAACCCAUGCCCGAACCCAUGCCCGAACCCACGCCACAGGCCAAGACCUCCUCCCUAACAGUGGCCAGGACGACUACACCGCCGACCCGGCCGACGACUCGACGGCCGACGACGGUAGAGCAUCCAGCGACCACACGUGCACCAACCACACCGAGGUCACCAAGCGCCAGCACAUUGACCACCACCUUUCCCGUUUUACACCUUCAGAAGCGUGGCAUGGCCAAAGAUCGCCAAGCCCAAGUUUUCGUGGUCUUUGGAUUUCGGCAGGUGCCCGGCAGCUACAACUAUGUGCUCGAUGACUCCUUUGAUCUCUCUGCGCGCGAGGCGCAACUGGCCGUGGUGGAGUUCUGCAAGCUCUUGAGGCUCGAGAAGGCCUUGAAGGUAGUGCCUGGAGUGGGAAACUGCUGGCCUGAGAAGAUGAAGAUGUACAUGAACAUGCGCCAUUUGCCAUGGCCCACCUACAAUUUCUUCCCGGCACUGCAGCGCUUCGUGCGUGAGUCCGAGAAGUGGGUGGGUGAGCAUGUGGGCAUGGAUCAAGGUGCAGUGCAAUGGUGUCAAAUGGACUUCAACGUGGAAGUCGACAUUUGGAGUUCUGGACGACAAGUGCAGCCCUAUAUGGAUCUGUGGGACGAGACGGUAAGCCGCGUGCUGCGCGCAGCCAGCGAGAAGUAUCCAGGCUCUGCAGCCUAUUUGGGCUCUCCGGUGCCGGUCUCGGAUCUCUUUCAGCGAGCAGAGGCGGAAAACCGCGUGGUGAAUUCCGCCCUGUCCAGCUGGGUGGUCAGCGUGGGAUGUGCCUUGGUAGCUUUGGCCUUCUUCACUCGGAGCUGUUGGCUUUCCGGCCUCGCUUGCUUUGCCAUGCUCUCGACUGCGGCCUGUAGCCUCUUCUUCAUUACCAGCGUCUUCCACUGGAGUUUCGGUCUCAUGGAGGCGGUGUCGCUCAUCAUCUUCUGCGGCUUCUCGGUGGACUAUCCGCUGCACGUGGUUCAGGCCUAUGUGCAGGAACGCCAGAAAGGCGCCCACAUUCGCCAUGCCUUGCGGGAGGUCGGCAGUGCUGUCGCCUCAGGCUGUGUGACCACGUGUGGCGCAGCGCUGUUUCUGCUGUUCUGCCAGAUCCGCAUCUUCACGCGCUUCGGCCAGGUCUUGGUGGUGAACAUGCUGUGCUCCUUGAUCUUUGCACUGCUAUGGAUCCCUGCUGUCUUGGAGCUCUGCAGGCCGAACGUCACGCCUGUAUCUAAGGACGAGGAAGGCUUUGCCAUGGGCUUGCUGGGUGAGUCCGCAGGAUCCGCAGGUCGCCGAAGCACUCCAGGCCCCUCUGCACGUGACGAUCGGCUGAUGCUGGAGCCGCCGUUCUUCUGCUGCGUGGCCGUGCGAAGUAGGGGAAGCACCCGGAGGAGAUGGAAGAGUCUGAGGCUGGAGGUUUUUCAGCGCUGCAAGGCUGAGACUCUUCGAGUCCGCGAUGGCCAUCCGUCGCCUGAGGACGGCGGGCGCGACUGGCGGACGACCACGUUGAGCGCCUAUGAGUUGCACGAGGCAGUGCCACCUGACCGUUGGUGCGUCACCUCCAAGGACCUGCUCUUCUUGCGACAGGACGUUCAGCUGAGCAUUCGCCGAUCCGAGAUUCGACCGCCUCCGGAUGGGCGCGACGAGUUUCAGUCCUUCGAUUGUAUCUAUGGGCCCAGCAUUUACACGGUGAAUGAGCAGUACAUCAAGCCAGUGACCAGCAAGGCAGGCAAGAUGAGUUGGGCGCUGAUGAAGAAUCCAGAGGGUUUGGAGUGCCACUUAUUCAUCAGCCAUGCGUGGCAGGAAGGUGUCUUUGAGUUUCUCACCAAAGUUCGACAUUCCUGGCCUCGAGCUGCACUGCAUGCUUGGUGUUGCAUGUUGGCCAACCCCCAGAACCUCAACAUCGCGCUCUUCCUCACUUCGCCCAGCACGUCGCCCUUCGCCUUGGCCUUGAAGGCCUCGGAGAUGGUCCUGGUGGUGCCCAACCGGCACCAGAGCGUCUACACCCGACUUUGGUGCGCGUAUGAAGCUUACUUGGCGCAAGAAGAGGGCAAGAGGAUCUUAGUCGCCAAGAGCUCUCACCGCCAUGAGAUCUGCCGAUCCCUGCAACUGCUGGCUUUGGCCUCGGUGUUGGGAGUCUUGCUUGGCUUGGCCGGCAACGCAUUGAAUCUGCAUUUCAGCAAAGUGGUCACUGGCAUCGCCUGCCUCUUGGUGGGGGCCAGCCUGAACAUCCAGCAUGACACGACACGGAUCGUCCUGCAUUUCCUGUGUGUGAUGAUUUUCUGGACUCAAGUCUCGCACUACGAGCCCUGGUUUCCGGCAUGGUCGCAGACCUACCAUUUUGCCCCGGCUGCACACUUCGUAUUUCAUUUGACCUUCUACUUGACGGCCGCCAGCUUUUGCUACCUGUGCGAAGUGGAUCGCAUCAAUGGUCGCUCCACUGUGCUGGAGUCCAAUUUGCUUCAGAAGGGCUACAGUGGCUCCAUCAGGCACGCGCAGUGCUCCGAGCCAGCAGAUGCCGCGAAGAUCGAAGCAGAGAUCGGAGAGAAGGUUUUGCACGUGGAUUAUGCCAUCCAUGUCUUGUUGACGGCUGGAAUGUCCAGCCCCGCCUUGCGAGAGAUCGCGGGGGCGGGCGUGGAGAUCGAGUACGCCGCCUACUCGGAGAUCAGCUGUCCGGUGAUUUGCUUGGGGCCCUGCGAUCUCUGUAUGACGGGCUUCUUACUGCUGGAGCUCUUAGAUUAUCGUGGCACUCGUUUCCUGGUGUCCAUGCUCCUGUCAGCCUGUUCAGUCCUCCUUCGCUUGGCGUUGAUUUGCGUGAUUUGUUGGAGGUCUACUGAUGAGCGAUGCUUCAUUCUCAAGGUCAUGACCAAGAUGGUGGCGCUAUUAAUGCUGGUGGUCUUUGGCAUGGCAUUGGUUUGCUUUGUGGCCGACCUCGUCACUCCCCAGAAACUCACACUGAUUUGGCUGUCGCUUUCAACGAUCACCUUCGCAGCCACGCUGGCCUUUGCAUUGUUGGGUAUCCAAGGCACCGCCAAGCUUCCCUGUGGCCUCAUCCUGCUGCAGAUCUUCUUCGCCCGCGGCACCAAGACCCUCGCCGCUUGUGGCUGGCGCGCCCGCACGCCCACCGGCGCGCGGCCCUUCGUCGCCGCGGUGCCCCAUGCGGACGACAGCGAAGUCUCUGACGGGCCAUCCGAGACGUCCUCCUCUUCGUGA